AUGUGGCACAGUGCAGCGUUGGUGCACAUGUCCAGCUGCGUGCAUGAAGAGCCCAUGGAUAAACCAGAGAUCGGAGAGACGGACCCUCCUCCUGAGGAGAGAUUGAAACCAGAGGAGGCAGAGCUCAGGUCAUUUCUGAAGGAGAAGUGUCAACAUCUGGUUGAAGGAGCAUCACACCAGGGAGACGCCAGACUCCUCCAGGACAUUUACACAGAUCUCUACAUCACAAACGGGGGGAGUGGAGGGGUCAAUGAAGAACAUGAGGUCAGACAGAUAGACAGAGCAUCCAUGUUCUAUAGCAAAUACAGUUAUAUGAGUGAUAAUGAGGAAGGAGAGGAGUCUGAUGGGGGAGAGGAGGGUACUGAUGACAGACCAAUCAAAUGCAGUGACAUCUUUAAACCCUUACAUCCACAAAUGGCUCUUUGGCAACAAAAACCCAUCAGAGUAGUACUGACAAAGGGAGUGGCAGGCAUCGGAAAAACCAUCUCCGUGCAGAAGUUCAUUCUGGACUGGACUGAAGGAGAAACCAAUCAGGACAUUCACUUCAUUUUACCUCUUCCUUUCCGAGAGCUGAACCUGAUGAAGAAUACAAAACUCAGUCUGGUGGAGCUUGUUCAAUGCUUUUUCACACAAAUGAAAGAUCUGAAAGUGCUCUCCACUUCUGAAAGCAAAACUCUGUUCAUCUUUGAUGGUCUGGAUGAGUGCAGACUACCUCUAGAUUUCUGCUCCAACCCAAGGUGUUGUGAAGUGUCAGAGACAGCCUCGGUAGAUGUACUUCUGACCAACCUCAUCACUGGGAAUCUACUUCCCUCCGCUCUCGUCUGGAUCACCACCCGACCAGCAGCAGCUGGUCAGAUCCCUCCUGAGUGUGUGGACCAGGUGACAGAAAUUAGGGGGUUCAACGACCCACAAAAAGAUGACUACUUCAAGAAGAGAAUCAGUGAUGAGAACCUGGCCAUGCGAGUCAUCAGACAUCUGAAGUCAUCCAGAAGCCUUUACAUCAUGUGCCACAUUCCAGUUUUCGCCGGGAUUUUGGCCACUGUUGCAGAGAAAACAUCAAAGAGAGGAGAAAUGCCGAGGACUCUCGCUCAGAUGUACACUCGCUUCCUGAACAUUCAUAUUUGCAUCAAGAAAGAGAAGUACACAGAGAGAAGAGAGACAGAUGAAGAGAUGGUUUUCAAACUGGGGAAACUGGCUUUCCAACAGCUGGAGAAGGGAAAUCUGAUCUUCUAUGAGGAAGACCUGAGGGAGAGGGGCAUUGAUGUCACAGAAGCAUCUCUGUACUCAGGAGUGUGUACACAGAUCUUCAGAGUGGAGGCUGGUCUGUGCCAUGGGAGAGUGUUCUGCUUUGUGCAUCUGACCAUCCAGGAAUUCCUUGCAGCAUUAUAUGUGUUCCUCUGCUUCUGCAACAGUGCCGGAAACAUACCACACCAACAUGAACCCUCUCAUCUCUCUGCUCUGUUCCGAGCCGCCACACUUGAAGACCUACACAAGACUGCAGUGGAUCUGGCCUUGCAGAGUGAGAACGGACACCUAGACCUUUUCCUCCGCUUCCUUCUGGGCCUCUCACUGGAGUCCAAUCAGAGGCUCUUAAGACAUUUAAAGUCACAGACCAAUAGCCAACCACAGAGCUUAGAGCAAACAGUCCAGCAUGUCAAGCAUAAGAUUAGACAUGAGUCAAAGUCUGAUAGAAAGAUCAACCUGUUCUACUGUCUGAAUGAGCUUAAUCAGCAUGCUGUAGUGGAGCACAUUUACAGGCGCUCAGGAGAGCUGACUGUAGAGAUGCUCUUACCAGGUCAGUGGGAGACUAAAAAGUUUAGGUUUGAGUUAUCAGAAGGGCAGCUGGAUAGCUUUGACCUGCAGAAGUACAUAAAGACACCAGAAGAGGAUCUGACUGACCUCCUCAGCCCAGAUGACGUCCUUAAGAAGCUGGUGCCAGUCGUCAUGUCAAAGGCCACAUCAGCAUCGCUGUGGAAUUGUUCCCUCACAGAGAAGAGUUGUGCUGCAAUAGCAGCUGCUGCCAGAUCAACCUCUUGCAGUUUGAAGACACUAGAGCUCAGUCAGAAUAGGAUUCAUGAUACAGGAGUUCAGUAUCUCUCAGAACUCCUCAAAGAUCCUCAAUGCAAACUGGAGACACUAGUGCUGGCGGGUUGUGACCUCACAGAGAAGAGUUGUGCAGCAAUAGCAGCUGCUGCCAGAUCAACCUCCAGCUGUUUGAAGACUCUAGACGUCAGUUUCAAUAGUAUUAAUGAUACAGAAGUUCAGUAUCUCUCAGAACUCCUCAAGGAUCCUCGAUGCAAACUGGAAGCACUAAAGUGA